GAACAACUUCCUUUCUUAUUUCUUCGCAACAUGGGUCGCAUGCACAAUCCUGGGUGAGGAUAUCCAAAGUUUUAUUUAGUUUAUGUUAUAUACGAAAUUUUGUUAGCAAAUUGAAAAAUGCUAUGUUCAAUUAAUUUAAAACAUAUUCGCACACCUUCGGCAUUUGAAUGUGUCAUUACUAAUGGUAAGCACUUAGUACAACUUACGACCCAGUUGUGUGGCUCAUCAAAUGCAAAAGGCGACCAUGCUCGAUUUUUUUUGGCUUUGGCUUGUUCCUGAUUAGUCUUAUUUUGAGUAAGCUGCUAGAACAUAAAGUUAUAAGAUGUUUCUGUGAUAAUUUAUCUUUUUUAUAACUUCUUAUCUCAUUAAAACGAUUUAGACCUGAAAUAAUUUGUAGCCUAAACUAAACUGCUUCAAAUUGAGAAAGUUAGGGCCACUUAACAUUUUCUUGUUUUAUUGACCAUAUUUUAUACUUUUCCAAACUUUUAUGGAUUCCAGUUAAAUGCAUUUUUACAAGCACAUUUGACCUUAAACUUAAAUAAGAUAUUUUACAUUUCAGAAAGGGUAUAUCCCAGAGUGCUCUACCAUACAGACGAACUGUACCAGUCGUAAGUAUUUGCUUUAAAUGUAACAUUAUCAUUGUUAUACUAAAAUAGUAUACAUGUACUUUCAAUUCGAGGAUUGUUUUAGUUUUAAAAUGUUUUGCUUAUUGAUGUGCAUUUCACAAAAAAUUGUAAUGUAUUCUAUUUUUUCUUUGUUGGCAGUGGCUUAAACUACCAGCUGAAGAUGUAGAAGAACAGAUAUACAAAUUGGCCAAAAAAGGAUUGACCCCCUCUCAAAUUGGUAAAAAAAAAAUUAUAUUUUUAUGCCUUUUUUUUAAGGUCCAUUUUAAUUUUAGCCCUCAUUUUUAUUUUUCGCGGUGCGGGAGAUACACGUCAUUAUUAUUCCGAACGAAGUGGCUAUUCGGAAGAUCGUCUGUUUCAGAUUUAGCUGCCCACAUUGACUUUAAGGUUAGGCAUAGGGAUCGAUUUCGGGUUAGGCUUUGGGAUAGAUUAACAGUUCGGGUUAGGCUUAGGGAUAGAUUUAGGGUUCGGGUUAGGCAUAGGGAUCGAUUUAAGACGUAAAAGUGCGCGCAUGGAAAUAAACGCGGGCCGCUUUCUCUGAAUUUACCGGAAGAUCUUGUGUGGUAGAGUGGUCGCUUGUCGAUAUAUUUGUGGAUCAAUGCCCAGUUUUUUUUCUCCCAUUUUAAUUAAAAGUAUUUUAUAUUAUAUUUAUAUGUUCAGUAGUUUCAUGAGACGUUUUUAAAUAUAUUGUAUCAAUUUAAACAAUUAAAAUGAAAUCUUUUAUUGGUUGCCUACUCCAUACUGGCCCCUAAUUUAUAUUAUGGAUUACUGGUACACAAACUCAAAUAACAAACUAAACAAUGAUGUUUACAAGUCACUUUCACUUAAGUAUUUUUCUAUUAUUUGCAUUCAAACAAUUGUUUUGAAUCAUUUUCAGUCACAUGACUAGGCUGACGGACAAGAUCUGCCUUUAUUUUUAGUCUGUCUUUCAUCAUUUUGGGGCAAACCAGUUCCCUAAUUUUGGUAUCACCUUUUUAGUACCAGUUUUUACAAUUAAAAUGUAUUCCAGCUGUUAAAAAUUUGACAAUUGAUUUGAAAUUUAAGGUGUCAUCCUGAGGGACUCACAUGGUGUUGCACAAGUCAGAUUUGUCACAGGAAACAAAAUUCUUCGUAUUUUGAAAAAAAAGGGCCUUGCUGCCAGUUUACCAGAGGACCUCUACAGUUUGAUCAAGAAGGCUGUCAACAUCCGUAAACAUUUAGAAAGAAGCAGGAAGGUGUGUGAUUCAGUCUUUUUUCAAAUUAAAAAUUUUUAAAAUUUCUUACAACUUCCUUUACUAAGACUUAUCAAUGUAAUACACUUAUACACCAAAUUUUUUCAUUAUAGAACAUGAUCACCUUUAAGUUUUGUGACUUUCCUAGCUUGUAAAUUUUCACUUGUAUUUUCAUUUGUCAAUGAUGACUAAUAUUUGCUACUCUUGAGAGUCCUGUGCUGAAAAAAUGCCACCAAGUAUUUGGGCUGAGACAAAUGAGCAACACUCUAAAUGAGUUUUAUUUUAAAAUGCGGGUAUAUUAGUGACGUAAUACAUUCUAGCUUACAAAUUGCUGUCUGAUUGAUUUGAUACAUUGUUUUAAACAGUCAUAUGGGACUAAGAUUAACCCACAAACUGUGGCAUUGAUUAUUCUGUAAUUUGGGAGCUUUUCAGGGCUUUUCGGGUGCCUUUAGAAAUAGCUUUAAAUGACAUAGAAAUAUUUAUACAAGAUGAGUAUAUAUUUUUAGAAAGGUAAAUGGAUGGAGAUAAAGUUGGCCAUACUGAAUAUUGCCAAGAAGCAAAUAAAAAUAUUUUUGUUCAGUGUCUUUGACCUGUGCGAAAGGGGAAAAAAUCAACAAAUUGUCUUGCUUUCAAGUGUUCGUAACAUCAUUAAUUUUUAUAAAUUCCUUCAAAUGUAGUAGCUAAUUCAUUUAUUUUUCCGAAAAUGUAUAGUUUUCGAAUGUUUUGAUUAAAAUUAAACCCCUGAAAGAAAUUUUAGUAAUUUUUGUAAGAAACUGGGACCAUAGCUAAAACCAAGUACAACAUACAAAAUCUCAGGCAAGAUAGUUAUUAUGGACUAGUAAAGUUAGUCAAGAUUUAUAUUAGUUCCAGCCAUUUAAGCUUUAAAAAAGCAGCGAUAUAAACUUCCGAUUAAAAAAUACUCUGGGAACAACUUGACCCGGAGGUCGAUUUAAUUGUUAAUAAAAGGAAGUGCCUCUAAUUCUGGUUAAAUAUUGGAUUGGAAGUUGCUAUUGGACCACAUUUUUUAUCUGCCGAUUUUUUUUUGCUGCUUCAGUACAGAACGAGAAUAUUGGCCGACCAGUUAGUGGGUUAAUUAUGGUAUGCUUUUGAAUAAAAGUUGUCAGGUAGUGGAAGACAUCUUAAUUGUAAUAACCCCUCUAAAUUAGUGUCGCAUCUAAAUUCAAAAUUGAGUUGUUCUGUUGGGUUUUUCCAUAUAUAUACAUACACACAGAAUGUUAAGUGGGCAGAUUUGGCAGUUGCAGGGUUGAAUCAGUCCAGGCUGUAUUUGGCUGUCGAUUAUAUUUAGUGUUGUAUCCCUUUGUCAAUGAUGUUUUAUAUUUGCUACUCUUGAAGUAUAUGAUGAAUAACUUACCACCAUUUUUAUGGUCUGAGGCAAGGGAUUUAUAAUGCAAUAUCUCCACAUUUUCAUUUACUGUUCCUUAGGACUACAUGUAUAUAUCAUUUUUUACCUUGGCCAUUUAUUUAUAUAAAUUUUGUACUCUACAGGACAAAGAUGCUAAGUACAGACUUAUUUUGGUGGAAUCUAGGAUUCACAGAUUGGCUCGUUAUUACAAGACAAAGAAAGUCCUCCCCCCGACUUGGAAGUAGUAAGUUAUUUUCUUUGUACCAUUUGUUAAUUUGUUGGAUUGGUUCAUGGCUGGGGAGGGGUUUCCUUAGAAUUUUAGAAUGUUAAUAUGAACUUUUCUUUCCUUUAUUUCAGUGAAUCUUCUACUGCCUCAGCUUUGGUUGCAUAGUGGCCAAGUCUCAUUUGCAUUUUAUUUGCAGUUGACUUAAUAAAUAUGAAAUCAUA